AGUAGUGGCAAUGCUGGCUGCUUAGAGUAAAGUCUCAGUUCAGUCCUUCUGCCUCCCUGCUGGGGGGGCAGCUACUCUGGGUCUUCUUUAAAAGCAGAAAUAGGCAUCUCGUUCCUCCGUGAACUUGAAUAGCGGGUGUGCUUUGACCAGGCUGGAGACAGAAGCCACUCGGGGAGUGCUUCCGGUGGGCCACGGCUGACUCUCCUCCCCUGCAAGGGACCGAGCCUCACUGCCACCGGAGGGUGAGGCGAGUGGAGGCCUUCCCUUUCCGAGGCGAGGGGCCAGCCUCGACAAGGCCAGAUCCUGCACCCGGACCCGGAAGGGCCUGCGGAGCGGCAGGGUCCAUCCCUGCACGUGGGCUGUUUUGGAAUGGCUUGGGGGUGGCAGUGGCUUUUCCGUGGCCUUUGGCCCAGCACUUGUGACACGUGCUCCCACUCUCUCCUCCUAGGCCGGAGGGGCACUGCCAUGGAGACCUGCAACCAGAACCUGGCUGGUCCCCCCUGCCGAGGGCAGAAGCCCAUUACUCAGAACAGCCUCUUGGACCUGACUGAGAUGGGCCGAGGUUUGAAGGUGCAGACGCAGAAGCCGCACCUGGUGAGCCUGGGCAGUGGGCGCCUUAGCACCGCCAUCACUCUGCUGCCUCUUGAAGAGGGCAAGACAGUCCUGGGCUCCACUGCUGGGGACAUUGUGCUACAGGGGGCUGGGGUGGCCCCCCAGCACUGCUUCAUUGAGAACGUGUGCGGGACCCUCACUCUGCACCCCUGCGGCCAUCCCUGUGCCAUCGAUGGGCUGCCUAUCACCCACCCCACCCGCUUGUCCCAAGGACACAUGAUCUGCCUGGGCCAGUCCACCUUCCUUCGGUUCAAUCACCCAGCCGAGGCAAAGUGGAUGAAAAGCAUGGUGCCUGGGGGUCGGCAAAGCCCCAUGGCCCAGUAUGGACUCAGGGCAGCAGAGUGGCAGAGCCCCAUAAAUGGCAACUCCGAGGGGGCACCGCUUUCCCUGCCCAGCCCCCAGACCCUGGUCAGUUCCAUCGAGAGGGACCUGCAGGGCAUCAUGGAUUCCUUGGUGCUGGAGGAGGACAGCAGCAGCAGCGGCGUUGCAGUGCAGCUCCGCGGGAACACUCAAUCUCCACUGGCCUCGUCUGUGGCAAACGGCGGGGGGUGCUGCUCCCGGCUGUCCCCACCCCAGAGCAGCAGCAGUAGCUGCCGGAGCCCAUCAUCGUCCGGCGGCCGGGAUCAGGCACCCGCCCUCCCCCCCGCAGUGCCUGUCCGGUCCUCAAGCUACUGCCAUGCCGCAUUAUUGCCCCACGGGGGGCCUCGCCCAGAUCCCUUGAACAGUCCCACUGGUUCCCUCAGCUCUGCUCGCAGCUCAGGGAGCCCCCAGGGGGAGAGGAGGGUUCGGCGGGAGGGCCCCACAAGCCCCCUGCCAAGUCGCAGGGCCCGGCCUCCUGUAGAGAAUCCCCACCCUAGCCAGCGUAGCUCCCCCCUGCCGAAGGGGAACCCGCUGGGCAGCCCUCGGCCGCAGUCACCCAAUAGUCCCCCCUUGGCCAGCACCUUCCAACUGCCCUCCACUCUGCGGAGCAAGCCUGCGGCGCUACAGGAGCGGGCCCCCAGUCCCUUCCAGGAGAUGCCACCACCCAGCCCUUCCCGGCCAGGGAAAUCCAACUGCCAAGCCUCAGAGCUGGCAGGCGUUGCCCCUCACCCAGGCCGGGCCCCACAGCCCCCUGAGAGUCCCCGGUUCAGCCAGCCAGUUCUGGAGAGCCUGCGGGAACUGCCUCCUCGCCAAGCCUCAGAGCUGGCAGGCGUUGCCCCUCACCCAGGCCGGGCCCCACAGCCCCCUGAGAGUCCCCGGUUCAGCCAGCCAGUUCUGGAGAGCCUGCGGGAACUGCCUCCUCUCAGCCCAGCCCUGGGGCGCCGGGCAGCCUCACCAGCCCCCCCAAGCAGCCUGCCCCUGCAGGGCAAGUUUGGGGAGAGCCCCAGGGGCUGGUGGAGAGAGGGGUCUUCUGCCUCCGCCUCCUGCCUGCGGGGUCGCAGUCCCUCGCCCUCCCGCCUCCCUGGAGAGCCCACCCAGCGCAAGACCCUCAGCUCCGCCUCCAGCCUGGGCUCCCUCAUCCUGCCCUCAGAUUCCCCCCAACUGACCCGCAAGAGGUCUGAGGGGUUCCAGGCGCUGGGCCCCACGCGAGAGCGCAAGCAGAGCAUCUCAGAGCUGAGUGGGCACGAGAGCGAUCUUCUGGAAUAUCACCGGUGGCAGCGCCAGGAGCGCCUCCGAGAGCAGGAGAUGGAGCGGUUGGAGCGCCAGCGGCUGGAGACCAUCCUCAGCCUGUGUGCCGAGUACACAAGGGGUGAUGCUGAGCCGGGCCAGGAGGGCAAUGCCUUCUCCAGUGCUGCAGGCCGGGCGGCCCCCUCGCCGGGGAGCAAGCCCCCCCAGGAAAGAGGGGGCAGGGAGCGUUCGGAGGAGGACAGCUUGAAGGAGGAGAGCAGCAGCACCGAGAGUGCCGGUCAUGAGCACGAGGUGCCGCUUGCAGCUGUGGCCACUCCAGAGCUGGUCCUUCUGGAGGAGGAGCGUUCCCGCAUCCUGGCCAGCACGGACUGUCUCAAGAGCCGCCUGAAGGAGCUGGAGCAGCAGCUGCGAGAGACCGCCCGGGAGGCGGAGAUGGAGCAGGCCCUCCUGCAGGGCGAGUGCGAAGCAGAGCUCUUCCAGCUGCAGCAGGAACAGCAAAUGGCGCAACUCCUGCAGGAGCAGCUGUCUGGCCUGGAUGCCAACAUUUGCCAGGAGCGGGACAAGGAAGCAGAAGCCAUGGAGGCAGAGAGCAAGCUCUUUGAGGACCUGGAGUUCCAGCAGCUGGAAAAGGAGAGCCGCUGGGAGGAAGACCAUGAGCUGCUGAACCAGCAGCUGCUGCGCAGCCGGGCCGAGAGCCACUGCAGCCUGGCCCGCCGGAAGGAACGCGUGGCUGCCCUGGAGAGCCAGGCCAAGCAGCUACGCCUGCAGGCUGCCCAGGAGGCUGACCGGCUACGCGAGGAGCGGAGGGCCGCAUUGCAGCAGCUCCAGCAGGAGAAGGAAGCCCUCCUGGCACUGGAGCGACGGUCCUGCCUGCUCACCGGCAGCGCUGCCUUUCCCAAGGGCUGGAGUGCCCUCCGAGAGGUACGAGGGGUCUGGGACAUGCCACUGAGCCACGGCUUUGCCUGGCUGAUUCCCAGCAGCACUCGGGGCAUGGUCCAGGAAGGACCCUCUUGGUCAAGCAGUGGGGCUGGAGGUUUGAUCUUGGCGCAGGAGCUCGGCGCCCUCCCCGACCUCGAGAGCAAGCGUGAGGCGGCCCUCCAGCACAAGGGGCACCAGGUGAUUCAGGAGCAGCAGCGGCGCCUGGCCGACCUGAAGCAGAAGGCGGCAGCAGAGGCCCAGGGCCAGUGGGAGGCCCUGCAGGGGGCCCCCCUCUGCCCUCCCCUCACGCCCCACUCUGUCCUCCAUCAUCACCCCCUCCUGGGCCAAGGUCAGCCGGCCAGUGACCCCGAGCCAGCCUACGACACCCUCAGCCUGGAGAGCUCGGACAGCAUGGAGACCAGCCUCUCCCUGAGCGGGAACUCGGCCUGCUCCCCUGACAAUGCCUCCAGUGCCAGUGGGGCCAAUGCCAGGAAGAUCGAAGAGAUGGAGAAACUGCUGAAAGAGGCCCAUGCCGAGAGGUCACGCCUGAUGGAGUCACGAGAGCAAGAGGUGGAGCUGCGUCGUCAGGCCUUGGAGGACGAGCGGAGGCGGCGGGAGCAGCUGGAACGGCAGUUGCAGGACGAGGCGGCGCAGCGACAGGUGCUGAUUGAGAGGGAGGUCAAGAUGCGGGAGAAGCAGCUGGCUCAGGCACGGCCCUUGACGCGCUACUUGCCCAUCCGCAAAGAGGACUUUGACCUGCGCCUGCACAUCGAGUCCUCUGGCCACAGUGUGGACACCUGCAGCCACGUCAUCCUCUCUGAGAAGUUGUGCAAAGGCUACCUGGUCAAGAUGGGGGGCAAAAUCAGGUCCUGGAAGAAGCGCUGGUUUGUCUUUGACCGCCUGCGGCACACCCUCUCUUACUAUGUGGACAAGCACGAGACGAAGUUGAAGGGCCUCAUCUACUUCCAAGCCAUCGAGGAGGUCUAUUACGAUCACCUCCGGUGCGCGGCCAAGAGCCCCAACCCCGCCCUGACCUUCUGCAUCAAGACCCACGACCGGCUCUACUACAUGGUGGCCCCCUCUGCAGAAGCCAUGCGCAUCUGGAUGGACGUCAUUGUCACGGGGGCCGAAGGCUACACCCAGUUCCUGAGCUGAUGUGCCAGAGCCAGGACAGUGGCGCCUUGUCUGCUGCCCCGGGCCCCAGGCGGGCAGAGAAGCAGACUCCACCCGCCUCGGCUCUCCAGCAUCGCCUCGCAGGGCUUCAGGCGGACAAGGACUCUGCUGCGGGGAGCCCGAGCACCGGCCCCAGUGGCGAAAGCAGGACCACAGCCAGCGGCCUCUUGCCCCGUGGCCGAGCCCCUUGAGGGAGCGGGUCUGCCUGCCUGCUGCACCCCCUCAACUUCUGAGCUGGCGGAAGGUCAGAGGAGCCCGGCCGCCCCCAGUGUGGCUUUGCAUGAGGGGCAAGGUCCGCCCCCCCGGCCUAGACGGUGGGGAGCUACCUGGCUUUCGGUCACCAGGUGCAGAAAAGCCACAGGAGGGGGGGCUGGGCUCCUUCUGGAAGCCCCCAGCCAUCUUGGAUCUUUUGCCUCCAGGGCUGGUUUCCUACAUUUUUUUCAAAACGCAGAGGCAGCUCUUCCGCGGAGCCUGGGCUGCUGCAGCUGCUGCGGGGCCGGGCGGAGACAGGAAAGCAAAGCCAAGCCUUUUGCAUGCUUUCACUGACACGCUCCUUCUUUGGCCAUUUGAAGGACCUGCUCAAUAAAUCAAAGUUUAUUUACAGCCCGAGACCAAACACAAGAAAAACACCAAGGCUACAAUAAAUACAAUUUUUAAAAAGUGCAAGAAAAUCCUGAGCUAAUUAACAGCUAACCAUUAAUAGCCUGAGGGAGGACCCAGGCAGCUUCUAAGAGCUCUAACUGUCGAAAAAAAGGUGCAACCUUCUUUUGAAGGUUUCUGAAGAGCGGUCUCCCAGACGAAAGGUAAUGGGCCCUUGGUCACGAUGGCAGUUAGGGUUGUUAACAAGAAUUGGAAGUGUUAAGUUGAUCACCGCUGGGUGUGCCAACGGCUUUUUAAUAGCACGUGUGCAGCAGGUUCUAUCUCUGUGUCUGGGGAAAAACGGUUUGGCUUUCAUGUGGGAGACGUGAACCAGUUGUUGCCUAACAGGUUUGGGGCACGGAAGUAGUCUCCUAUGAGGAACAUAUUGAAUACUGAAGAAAUAUUGAAGGGGGGGCAAUUGUGCUAUAAAAGGGGUGGGAAACGUUGGCUCUAUCCCACCUCUGCUUCAGUUCAACCAAGGUUUGAUCAAGGCCCAAAGUAGUUAAUGCUUGCAAGGAAAGACUGCAGUAUGCCAGAUCAUCAGUGAUUCAUCUUCUUUGGGUGGAAGAGAACCUACCUGGCAAGGUGAGAUGGACCAAGGAAGUUCCUCAGUAGACGCUUCAGCCAAAAUCUGAGAUGACAAAUCUUAACCCAACCCCCAAGGGAAGUGCAGCCUAGUUCCAGUCUUAUUAAAGCAUUAGAAAAUGAAUAAGGGACUUGUGACAAGAAUUUUUUUUUUAAUUCUAAGCUCGGGAAGCCCUUAUAGACACACAGCUAACCAUCACGUAGCAUCAUACGAGAACUUUAGCUUUAAGUAGUUUAAUGGUUGCUGGAACAUAAUUAUUUCCAAUGGACCUGCAAAUUUAGCAGUUUUGAAGGAUGCUUUUGGGGUUCUUACUAGUAGCUUGAAUAGACCAGCAGGUAGAUUGAGAACGGUUAUCUAGAUAUUUAAAGGAUAGUCUGAUAGGUUUACCAUUAAUCAUCCAUCUAAUUGGGGCCUUAAAGUGUUUCUUAGAGAAUAUCCAUCAUUCUUUUGUUUUAGAAUAUUUUAUUUUGAGGUGUUCUCUGGAGCAGUAAAGGGACCGUCUGCAGAAAGCAGCCCUGCCCACUCUAGAUGGACCAAAUGCUCUGGGUGUUUGCUGCAAAACAAGAUGUUGACCAAGCAAGGAAACGUGUCAUGAAGCCAACCCUGGCUUUGCGCAGGUGCGUCCGGACACCGGGCACAACUUGCACUGCUUCGCUUGCCCUCAGCACUUGCGUCAGACGCCCCAUGCCCACUUCAGCCCACUAGAAUGGGACAGGAUCUCCCACAGGGCCACCGGGCCAGUCUACACAGCCAGGCCCUGAUCCCAUCCCAAGGGAUUCCUGCGGUGGCUCCCUGCUCUGUUCGGGAGGCACUCCAGCCCAGGGAGCAGCUUGCUUGGGCUUGAGGACCCGCUGUGAAAGAGCCUUCAGGGCAAUGGGUCUCCCUGUUGACUGAGCACCUCCUGAUGCUCAGCCCGUGGUGGCUUCCCUCCCUGUCGCUCCUGCCUGACCAGCACACGUGGCAAUGCCUGGGCCUGGUUCGGACACUCUGCUUAAUUCAAACUCAAGAUAAUUAAGCAGAGUCUCCAAAUCAGGCCCGGGCAUCAGUCAAAGGAGCGCAGGGGUGUCCCCCUGCCGGCUGAGGCUCUGCUGAUGGGGCCAUUAAGACAUGAGCUAAUGGCUGCCUGGGCUCUUAUGGACGGUAUCCAAAUGUGGCAGGGCUUUAGAUUAACUUCUAACUCUAUUCUGUGGAAGAAGGGCAGCCUGGGGGUCUUUUUCUGCCGCCAUUUCCCCUUCCCCCACCAGAGCACUCCAGGCCAGGCGUGUCCUUUUCUCCAGGGCAGAGGACGGAGCUCCUUGCAGAGCAGGUCCACCUAGUGAUCAGCAAGGGCUGCUCUGGCGUGGUUUGGGCUGAAAAGAGAGACUUGUAAGAUCUGACCAACCAUUUUCCACCAUGUGAACGUGGGUGUCAAUGAUGGGGGGAAGCUGCCUCUUCCUGUGAUUCCCCAGCAAUCGGCCUGGAAGCCCCCAACUUCAGGCAGCCUUGUGGCUCUGAGUCACAGUCGCCUUCUAAGGCCGUCACGUGAGACCUGAUGGCCGAUCCCAGAGAUGGCCUUUACUUUGAUCUCUCCGUCAGUCAGCACUGGCACUGCAACCUCGCCUGACCCGUGGCUUUCACUUGGAUUUUUCCAGUCGGGCCUUGGGCUACGGCUACGUCCCCUCGACCUUGUUG